AUGGCCUCCUGGUUUCGCAGCAAGCCGUCGAGCGGCUCGUCGGACGCGUCCCUCGAGAAGCAGGCGUCGGACCUCCUCGGCGGCGCGUCGGACGCGCUGCGGGGCCUCGUCGUCGACACCAGCGCCUCGAAGGCGGCGGCGGAGCUCGUCCACCCCUACGUGGGCCGGCGCCACACGCUCGUCCCGGACGUCCUCGCGGAGCACGUGGACGACGAGCACCACGUGGACCGCGCGAGCCUGAGCAGCGAGGACGCGGCGGUCUUCGAGAACGCGCCCGAGGAGGACCUGCGGGCGUCGGAGGUCAAGGCGGAGCACGCGGACGGGACCGUCUGGCACGUGCAGAUCGUCCGCGACGACCACGUGGACCCGAAGCACUGCGACGCCGACGGCAACCUGAAGCCCCGGCGGCCCGUGCCGCAGAUCCGGGCGACGGACUUCUUCUCCAAGCUCGAGAAGCGCGGCGACGCGUACGUCUUCGCGGGCGGCCCGCUCAACGGCUGGCCGGUGGGCCUCGUGGACCUCGAGCUCGUGAGCAUCACCUGCGCCGUGAGCUCCCUGGGCGUCGUGAAGCGCGUGAAGCGCUUCUGGCAUGUGUGGGCGACCAAGGGCGCGCCCGCGUACCCGAAGAUCAAGGCCAUGCGGGGCGUGCGGUGCACCGUGCGCCAGCCGUCCUGGUCCGUCAAGGGCUGGAGCCCCGCGAGCCCGGGCUUCUUCUUCUGGAUCGCGCCGGGCCCGCGCGUCUACGCGGGAUCCGCGGCCGCGGCCGCGGCGCCGGCGUGCGCCGCGACGAAGUGCCACCUCUUCGCGCACCGCUACGCGAAGCCCAAGGCGAAGGAGACGGCCAAGGACCUGCUCACGUACCACGCGGCCGUGUUGGUGGAGUUCGACGACGGCACGGCGACGCUCUUCGAGCUCGCGUGGCGCAACGGCCUCGGCGGCUACGGCGGCCGGUCCAACUGGUACCCGCCCGCGGACGGCGACGCGCCGCUGCCGCUCUUCGAGGCCAUCGACGAUUCCAUGAAGCUGCCCUGGCGCUCCGAGCUCCUCGAGGUCCGCGGCAACGACGUGCCCUUCACGACCAGGGCCGCCUUGGAAACAUACCUCGCGGACGGCUCGGGCCGCGAGCCCCACCACAAGUUUUUGGACGCGACGGUGGACCACUCGGGCAACGUGCGCGUCAUGCACCGCACGAAGGCCGACCUCUUCAACUACGUGCUCAACUACGCGGCGCGGGACAUGGAGUACCACGAGGAGAGCCGCAACUGCCAGCACUUCGCCGCGGACUUCUACUCGUUCCUCGUCGGCGGGAAGCCCGUCCAGCCCCACUCGCCCAUGGGCGACAUGUUCCUCUUCGAGGACGACGGCGACGACGUGAAGGAGCCGCAGACCAAGAAGAAGAAGGAGGCGAAACAGCCCAGCAGCGCAAAGCCCAGCGGCAACGCCGCGCUGCCGACCGCCGGCGCGGCGAAGAAGAAGAAGAAGGAGAAGCAACAAAAACAGCCGGAGCCGGAGCCUGAGGACGACGCGGCCGUGGCGGCGCCGGAGAUCUACGUCAUGGACGACGACGACGACGACGACGGCGACGGCGGCGACGACGGCGGCGACGGCGCGGAGCUCGCGGGCGACGCGCCCGCGGACGCCGCGGAAACGAAGAAGAAGAAGAAGAAGAAGAAGAAGCGCAAGUUCGAGGACCUGGCGGACUGCGCCUGGGCCGGCGGCGACUGGGCCGCGUGGCUGGCGCCGCUCGCGGACGGCGCGGACGCGGCCGCGCUCGAGCGGCGCGUCUACGCGCCCGCGGCCGGCGAGGGCGCGGGCGACGUCAUCGCCAACUGCGUGCGCCGCGCGAGCAAGGGCCGGGACCGCGCCGCGCCGCCGCGGGGCCUCGACGUCGUGCUCGUCUGCGCGUCCGCGAAACGGGCGGCGGACGUCGCGAAGACGCUCCGGAAACAAAGGCAGGUGCCCGAGGUGCUCAAGCUCUUCGGCAAGCACCUCAAGGCCGCGGACCAGGCGGCCCAGCUCGAGGACGCGGCGAAGCCCCUGCCGCGCGUCGCCGUGGCCACGCCCGCGCGGCUCGAGGUGCUCCUCGACUCCGUGCCCUGGGGCCGGAACGCGACGCUCCUCGUCGACACGCGGCCCGACGGCAAGAACUACACGCCCUUCACGCUCCCGGACGCCAAGGCGGCCCUCGCGCGCGUCGUCGCCGCGCUCCUCGGGUCCACGGACCUCGCGUUCUGCGCCGCGGACGCGGGGCCGACGAUCUGGAUGAGGCCCGCGCCGCCGAGCUGGCCGAGCGCCUCGAAGGGCUUCGCGGACAGCGGCGCGCGCGCGCCCGCCGCGCCGAACGGGAUCAUGCCGCCGCCCAUGGACUGGACGACGAACCCCGUGAACGCGAGCAUGGCCACGCGGCCGUGCUUGAUCUCCGCCGCGCGGUACCAGCCGAGCGUGUCCGUCGACGCCUUGCCCGCGCCUCCGACGCGCCGCCGCGCCCUGCGCUGCGUCGGCAUCGCGUUCCUCGCGAUCCUCCUCACGACGACCAUCGCGAGCUGCCUCGUCGUCGUGCUCCACUUCGGCGACGACGGCGGCGCUCUCGUCGCCGAGGCCGGCCGCCCAACGGCGCGCCAGUGCCUCCACAGCGUCGUGCGGCUCCGCGCGGCGACGCUCGGCGUGCGGCCGGGCCGCUUCGCCGUGCCGCUGCGGCGCGAGGGGCGCGGCGUCGUCGUCGUCGGGCUCGCGGGCGGCGCGGGGCGAGAAACGGUGGAGCGCGCGGUGCGCUACGCGGCGCGCGCCGCGGGGCUGCGCGCGGCCGCGCCGACGUGCUGCGACGGGCGGCGCGGCGCCUGGGACUUCCGGAACCGCCACGAGCGGCAGGCCGUCGUCCACUCGUCGGGCUGGCCCUUUGAAGCCUGGGUCGAGCCGGCGUCGUACCACCCGUUUCUGCUCGCCGCGGUGCCGUCCGCGCGGUCCCAGGUCGUCGCGCUCGUCUGGGACCCCGUGGACCGCCUCGUCGCCGCCUGGACCAGGGGCGGCGGCAAGGUGCCGGACCUGAUCCGGCGGGCCAACGGCACGACGCCGGCCGGCCGGCGCCGCCUCGCGCGCGACGCGGGCCACGCGCUCGACGCCAUGUCCGCGGCCCUCGUGGGCACGGCGGACCCCCGGGACCGCUGCUUCACGAACAUCUUCCAGAGCCGCGUCGCCGCGCUGGCCGCCGGCAAAUGGCUGCCCUUCCUCGUGGACCGCUACGACGAGUCGACGGCGCUGCUGACGACGGCGAUGGGCUGGAACAUCGGCGACGCGCUGCCCGCGCCGCCGCGGGCGACGCCGCCGGCGGGCGACGCCGUGGACCUGCGCACGCGGCUCCUCCUCGAGGCCCUCGAGCCCCACGACGCGCUGCUGCACGCCUCGGCGGGCAUGGCGCUGAGCGCGUGGUCCGCCAAGCUCGGCAAGCCCUUCGGCGCGACGGUCGCCGCGCUCCGGUCCCAGCGGCGCAGCUGGCUCCGGGGCUGCGCCAACGCGUCGGCGCCGGCGACCUUCCCCAAGCCGCCGGGCGGCGUCUGCGCAUGGUUCGCGCGCGAGGACGACGCGGGGCGGCCCCGGGCCUGGGACGCGCCGCCCUGCGAGGGCGCCACGGUCUGGGGCGCCUGGUGCUCCCUCUCGGGCCGCCUGCCCCGCGCCCUCGCGAGGUAA